CUUUGCAUCGUAUCCUAAACUGCCACUCAAUUAUCUCAACACAAUGGCCAUUUCCAACAAACCCCAUUCCAUAAUUCCUCUACUCGCCUUCACAACAAUGUUCCUCAUGCUACUAAACACAGUGCACUCAGCAAAUUCACUCUCUUUCACCUUUGACCAAUUUGUUCCCAACCCACAGGAUCUAAUCCUCCAAGGUGAUGCCAAAACUACCAAAGUCUUAGAACUCACCAAGUUAGACGCUAGUGGGGGCCCAGUGAGCGAUAGUGUGGGCCGAGCCUUAUACUAUGCCCCCGUCCAUCUCUGGGACAGCUCAGCAGUAGAAGCAAGCUUUAGAACCACUUUUACUUUUACCAUUUCAUCCACUAAUCCAGGUGAUGGCCUUGCUUUCUUCAUUGCACCAGUUGACACUAGUAUUCCUCCUAAUUCUCAUGGCAAGCUCCUUGGCCUCUUCCCUAACACUAAUGUUCUCAAAAACUCCACUUCCUAUAACAAAGUUGAUUUCAAAGCUUCAUCCAACCAAGUUGUUGCUGUUGAGUUUGACUCCUACGUUAAUCUUAAUCCUGAUAUUGGGGAUCCUAAUUAUAAACACAUUGGAAUUGACGUGAACUCUAUCAGGUCUAAGACAACAGCUAGGUGGAACUGGCAAAAUGGGAAAGUAGCCACUGCACACAUAAGUUAUAACUCUGUUGCUAAAAGGCUAAGUGUUGUUACUACUUAUCCUGGUAGUGCUCCUGUGGAGCUUUCACAUGAAAUUGAAUUGAACACUGUGCUUCCUGACUGGGUUAGAGUUGGGUUAUCUGCUUCUACCGGACAGGCCAAAGAAUCAAACACUGUUCUUUCUUGGUCUUUCACUUCAGGGUUGGUCUUGGGGGACACUGUCCAGAAUGAGGAGAAUAUGCUUAUUGCAAGCGUUGUGUGAUCCAUGAUCAUGUUUAUGUUGUUGUUGUGUCAAUAAGGGACAAGUACGUGGUAUGUACGAGUCCAUUGAUGUUUAAUUACGUACGUGAAUGUGACCCUAAUUAGGAAAUUGAAACGUAGUGCUUAUUUUAUUGCCCUACAUACACGUAUCAUCUGUUUGCUUCAUUUC